AUGGGCACGGUGCUGUCUCUUUCCCCCGCCUCCUCGGCCAAGGGCCGGAGGCCCGGCGGGCUGCCCGAGGAGAAGAAGAAGGCGCCGCCCGCGGGAGACGAGGCGCUGGGGGGCUACGGGGCGCCGCCAGCGAGCAAGGGCGGCAAAGGCGAGAGCCGGCUCAAACGGCCGUCCGUGCUCAUCUCCGCGCUCACCUGGAAGCGCCUUGUGGCCGCGUCCGCCAAGAAGAAGAAAGGCAGCAAGAAGGUGACGCCCAAGCCAGCGUCCACCGGCCCCGACCCCCUGGUCCAGCAACGCAACCGCGAGAACCUUCUCCGCAAAAGUCGGGAUCCCCCCGACGGCGGCGCCGCCGCCAAGCCCCUGGCGGUGCCCGUGCCCACCGUGCCCGCGGCCGCCGCCACUUGCGAGCCGCCGUCGGGGGGCAGCGCCGGCGCUCCGCCGCCAGGCUCGGGAGGAGGGAAGCCGCCGCCGCCGCCGCCCCCAGCCCCGCAGGCGGCGCCGCCGGUCCCUGGUGGCUCGCCGCGGCGGGUCAUCGUGCAGGCUUCUACCGGCGAGCUGCUGCGCUGCCUGGGCGACUUCGUGUGCCGGCGCUGCUACCGUCUCAAGGAGCUGAGCCCAGGCGAGCUGGUGGGCUGGUUCCGCGGAGUGGACCGCUCACUGCUGCUGCAGGGCUGGCAAGACCAGGCCUUCAUUACGCCCGCCAAUCUGGUGUUCGUGUACCUGCUGUGCCGCGAGUCGCUGCGCGGGGACGAGCUGGCGUCGGCCGCCGAGCUGCAGGCCGCCUUCCUCACCUGCCUCUACCUCGCCUACUCCUACAUGGGCAACGAGAUCUCCUACCCGCUCAAGCCCUUCCUCGUGGAGCCCGACAAGGAGCGCUUCUGGCAACGCUGCCUGCGCCUCAUCCAGCGGCUCAGCCCGCAGAUGCUGAGGCUCAAUGCCGACCCCCACUUCUUCACGCAGGUCUUCCAAGACCUCAAGAACGAGGGCGAGGCCUCCGCCAGCGCCGGGGGUCCACCCAACGGGGGCGCGCCCGCGGCUCCCUCCACCUCCUCCUCCUCCUCGGCCGCCAGGGACAGCUGCGCGACUGGAGCCAAGCACUGGACUAUGAACCUGGACCGCUAG